AUGGACGAUGGCAUCAGUUCCUCUCCGCCCCAUGGCAUGAUAAAGUCGCCGACAACACUCGACCACCUGCCAUCGAAUCUACAGAAUGGACUUAUCGCAGUGUCGUGCCUGGGCAUCUUGUCGCUCGUCUGCUCGGCGGCACUCUGCUUCCAUUUCCUCUACCGAUUCUUCUUCUGGAGCAAAGGUCCUCAAGUCCGAGCGAAUCAGUUCGUCGUGCUGAUAUUCAACUUGAUUCUCGCCGACAUUCAGCAAUCCGUCGCAUUCAUGAUGAAUAUUCGAUGGGUCACCUUACGCAGCAUAGUGAGCGGAAGCCCCGAAUGCUGGGCUCAAGGCUGGUUCGUAAGCACAGGCGAUCUAUCGAGCGGCAUCUUCACUCUUGCCAUUGCGGUGCACUCCCUCGCCGAUAUCGUUUUCGACUACCGAGUGUCAAAACAGGCCUUCAGGUUGAUCCUGGUGGCCCUCUGGACUUUCAACUACGCUUGCGCUGGAAUCGGCCUCGCACUGCACCCUAAGGAUCUGUAUACGCGAGCGGGAGCCUGGUGCUGGAUCAGCUUCCGAUACCUCAACGAACGCUUCUGGCUGCACUAUCUAUGGAUCAUCAUGGCCGAGUUCCUUACCGUGGUCAUCUACCUGCUCAUCUUCAUCAUCCUCUGCUUUCGCGUGAAGAGCUCAUACUAUAUCACCUCGACCGUUCAACAACGAGCUCAAUCCGCGGCGAAACUCAUUAUCGCUUACCCGACCAUUUACGUCGUCUGCACUCUACCCCUCGUCAUCGCGCGACUCAAGACCAUGGCCGGAGUUUACGUCAGCUACACCGAAUUCUGCGUCGCAGCAGCAAUGAUCACAAGUUGUGGUUGGCUCGACACGCUUCUCUACAGCCUCACCCGCCACAACGUCAUCUUCGGAUCUGAAAUCGCAAAUGACCGCGUCCGAGCACUCGACACAUUUCCCGCUUCUACCUCCUCCAACUGGCGCGCCGACCGCAUGUUCGGCACUUCAACCACCAUCGAGGCCACGAAAAAGUCAAGAAACAAAUUUCGACCACCCAGAGCUGCCUUUGAUGAAAUUCCUGACUAUGGAGGUCUGCUGGAGAAGGGUUCAGGGGAUCAACAUCGGCCAAUGAGUGUCAAAGCCGAGACGACAGUACGAAUAGACAUUGAGCAACUGGACUUGGGGCAGAUGGAGAUGCUACGGGCUGAGAUGGAUGCUAUUAUGGCUGACAAAGGAGAGGGCGGGAACCCGGAUUGCAUCAAAAGGAAGCUGAGCUUUGAUAGUACGAGUAUUCUAAAUGGAGAGAAGGGUGAAGAGAAGGCGCCGUGA